ACUGAUUAACAAAUUAACCUCUAAAAUGACGAAUUUGACUUUUACUGAUUGGGUCGAAUCGGAAUUGGAUUUAUUAACAAAUCUUCAGCUGGUUUUGUAAUGAUUCUGAUAAGCAUUCUGAAAAUAAGUUUCUCCGGUUCGUAAUUAUAACACGAUAAGAAAAUAGUACAUAGUUUCAUACAUCAGCAACAUGUUGGUGCCACGAGUUUUAGCGAAAUCUUUCAAUUUGUUCAAUAAAAUAAAAGUGUCCUCUCCACUUGAUAGAAGUAUAAAAAAACUUUUACAUUCGACAACUGUAUUACUUGGAGAACGGAGGUUUACUGAUAAGCAUGAGUGGGUGGAUGUUGAGGGAAAGGUGGGAACAAUAGGAAUAUCCAAAUAUGCUCAAGAAGCACUUGGAGAUGUUGUUUACGCACAGUUACCUGAUAUAGAUUUGGUUGUUAAACAAAAAGACGAAUGUGGGGCACUAGAAAGUGUGAAAGCAGCAAGUGAAAUAUUCAGUCCAGUAUCUGGUAAAAUAGUAGCAAAGAACACAGAAGUAGAAGAAACACCUUCGCUCAUCAACACAUCUUGCUAUGAUAAAGGUUGGUUAUUUAAAGUUGAAUUAUCGGAUGAAGCGGAAAUCAAGAAACUUAUGACUGAAGAACAGUAUACUGAAUUUUUGAAAGCUGAUCAAGAUCAUUGAGUUUUAAUUGAUUAAAUAAAUCUGUGAAUAAUACUCUGUUUUGUAAUUCAUAAGUCAAUAAAUAUAAUGUAUAGCUGUU